GGCGCACGUGAUCGCGCCCGGGGAGAAAACGCCUGACCGCCGCCCCCGGCCUGCGCCGUCCAGCCCGGUCUUCCUCCUCCUCGCCAGCCUCUCGCUCUUCAGCCACCGGCGCGUCCCUCCACCCGUGCCGGGGGCCCCCGGAGCCCUGGCCGCCAUGCGGCUCCUGCCUCUGGCCCCCGGUGGGCCCCGGCGGGGCAGCCCCCGCCACCUGCCCUCCUGCAGCCCGCUGCUGCUGCUGCCGCUGCUGCUGGGCGGCUGCCUGGGGGUCUCCGGGGCGGCGGCAGGCUCUCGGAGGCCCAACGUGGUGCUGCUCCUCACCGACGACCAGGACGAAGUGCUCGGCGGCAUGACACCGCUGAAGAAAACCAAGGCUCUCAUCGGGGAGAUGGGGAUGACCUUCUCCAGCGCUUACGUGCCAAGUGCUCUUUGCUGCCCGAGCCGAGCGAGUAUCCUGACGGGAAAGUACCCGCAUAACCACCACGUGGUCAACAACACCUUAGAGGGAAACUGCAGCAGCAAGUCUUGGCAGAAGAUCCAGGAACCUAAUACUUUCCCAGCAAUUCUCAGGUCCAUGUGUGGUUAUCAAACCUUUUUUGCAGGGAAAUACUUAAAUGAGUAUGGAGCCCCGGAUGCAGGUGGCCUCGAGCACGUUCCUCUGGGCUGGAGUUACUGGUAUGCCUUGGAAAAGAAUUCUAAAUACUAUAAUUAUACCCUCUCUAUCAACGGGAAGGCGCGGAAGCAUGGUGAAAACUACAGUGUGGACUACCUGACUGACGUUCUGGCUAACGUCUCCUUGGACUUCCUCGACUACAAGUCCAACUCUGAGCCGUUCUUCAUGAUGAUCUCCACUCCAGCUCCUCAUUCACCGUGGACAGCCGCGCCUCAGUACCAGAAGACCUUCCAGAAUGUCUUUGCCCCAAGAAACAAGAACUUCAACAUCCAUGGAACGAACAAGCACUGGUUAAUUCGGCAAGCCAAGACCCCAAUGACUAAUUCUUCAAUACAGUUUUUAGAUAAUGCCUUUAGGAAAAGGUGGCAGACUCUCCUCUCAGUUGAUGACCUUGUGGAGAAACUGGUCAAGAGGUUGGAGUUCAAUGGGGAGCUCAACAACACCUACAUCUUUUACACGUCAGACAACGGCUACCACACAGGACAGUUUUCUUUGCCAAUAGACAAGAGACAGCUGUAUGAAUUUGACAUCAAAGUUCCACUGUUGGUUCGAGGGCCUGGGAUCAAACCAAAUCAGACCAGCAAGAUGCUCGUUGCCAACAUUGACUUGGGUCCUACUAUUUUGGACAUCGCUGGCUACAGCCUGAAUAAGACACAGAUGGACGGGAUGUCUUUACUGCCUAUUUUGAGAGGCGCCAGUAAUCUGACGUGGCGGUCAGAUAUCCUGGUGGAAUAUCAAGGAGAAGGCCGCAACGUCACCGACCCCACGUGUCCCUCCCUGAGUCCUGGAGUGUCUCAAUGCUUCCCAGACUGCGUGUGUGAAGAUGCUUAUAACAACACCUAUGCCUGUGUGAGGACCACGACGGCGCUGUGGAAUUUACAGUAUUGCGAGUUUGAUGACCAGGAGGUGUUUGUAGAAGUCUAUAACCUGACUGCAGACCCAGAGCAAAUCACCAACAUCGCGAAAAGCAUAGACCCAGAGAUUUUAGGAAAGAUGAACUAUCGCCUGAUGAUGCUACAGUCCUGUUCUGGACCAACCUGUCGCACUCCAGGGGUUUUUGACCCCGGGUACAGGUUUGACCCUCGUCUCAUGUUCAACAAUCACGGCAGUGUCAGGACUCGAAGGUUUUCAAAGCCUCCUCUGUAGCGACCCCUGCAGUGGGAGCCCUGCGCGCCUCUUCUGAAGCGGUUGUAGUAGGUGUCCAGCGAGUCUUCGAGACCACCCCUGGAAGAGUUUCUGGACUGGCUGCUUUUAAGUCCUGUUUGAAAAAGCAACCCCAUCAGCUGACUUCCUUGUGCAACGUGUUAAACUGUGAUCUCUGUCCAUAUGUCAGGAGUGGCUGUCCCUGGUCCCCACUCGGCUGAUAACGAAUGCUCCUGAGGUCUUUGUUCGCACCAUACCCUUUCUGUCCUGGGGCUACAGUUCUUGAUUAUUCCCCAUGUGGUCAAAGUCUGAAUUUGUAAACCCAUUCAGAUAAAUGGCAAUACUUUAGGGGGAAAAAUGUUUUUGAUAUAUAGCUUGACCUACAAUCAAAGGACCUGCACAGCAUUUCAGAUUGAGCACCUCACUGUCAAAAAUACUAACAUUGCGUGGCUUGAAGAAUAACCAUCAGAGCUGAAUCAUCUGAUUAAGAACAAGUACCAUGGUUUUUAGAUUAGUGGAAACAUAUUGUUUGUAAUACCCAUCACAAUGUGAUACAGUCACAGAGUCAGAACAUGUCAGCCGAGUUCUGUCCAUUUGUUGGACUUCUGGGCUGCUGCUGCACUGAAAUAGAGCAGUGAGCUACUGGGAAGGGCUCAUUCCAGGUGGUUACGGAAGGUGAUAGCCCUCUCCUGUCUGGUGGCUGCUAACCACAUGAAGUGCCACUUAUCACCAGGGGCUCGAGGGAAUGUCCCUCCAUACUGUCCCCUCUGAGAGCUGAAAGUUAAAGCGGCUGGGGUGUCUCGGCAGAGAAGAGGAACCUCCCAGGCUGGUGGGGGCCCCCUGUGGCUGGGGCUCUAGGGCAGGCAGGUGGCCGGGCUGUGGCUGGGGUGUGGCAGGGAGCCUGGGUGUCAACCCACGUGUGAAGUUGUUUGGCUCUCUCUGCAUUUUGCUGACACGGUGUUCAUUUCUUAUAAGGUGUAAACAUUUCUUAGAGCUGAUGCAAAGUACCAGCCUGCUUUCCCCUCUUCCCUUUCGGAUGGGUUCUUGAGUUUUUGGAGUCAUGUGUAAUCUGGGCCCCGUUUGCUAUUCCCCUGCCAAAACCAGAUCCUGUUGAGGUUCCCUCACUGUUUAGAACACCUACAUUUCUAUGUGUUUUGGCUCAAAGACCAACCCCGUUUGCACUGUCUCCUUCACAAGAAGCUCACCAGCGGUGGGCGGCGGGGGGAGGCGGUGCUGUGGGUCAGGCCUGCGCAGCUCAGGCGGCGGGGACCGUGGCUUUAUUUAAGGGCUUAGGCUGAGCUUACACACUUGGUAGGACACGGCCAGAGCACCCUUCCUCUCAGAAUUCCAAAUAGCCACUGGGUCUAUUCCUUUAUCUCAUGCGAUCCCAUAACUGGUGGUGGUUAGAGGUCAGACAGGCAAGUGAGACGAACACUUCCGCUUGUGAAUGUUUUAGGGAAAGAAAUUCUAAAGAUUUCAAACUGCAAUGUUGAGUAUGGGUUACAGCUUUAUUCUACGCUUUGAUUUUUAACAUUAAUCAGUCAACUUCCCCAUUAAUUAAAGUUGACCAUAGUUAUUCCCAAAUAAAAAGAAACCAACUGAUACCAGGUCUUGUACUGUGAUGUCGUAUUAUUCGAUUUCAUGAUGCUGGUUCCUGAAGGCAGCUGACGUCAGGAGAGUGACACGAGUCAGCUGCCAGUAGUGUCCCCAGCACACUGCUCUCACGUUCACAGCACUAGUGUCCCAGCCAGACUGCUCGCAUGCUCAGUGGACAUGUGUGGGUGGUGGGCUGUGGGGUGGCCCUCUCUGUCCUCCACUCUUAUUUGGCGCAUUUCCUACCGAACUUUUGAAAGGCCUCUAGUCUGACUUUCUCUUGGACUGGCUUCAUUCUGGAUCCAUGCUGAAACCAUCUUUCUUAAAGAGGCCUCAGUUUAUAGCCUAGCAGACUACAGAGUGCACUGAACUUUUCAGAAUGUCUAAGGGACCCACUGCAAGAGGCUUGCCUUGUUUCUCUCUUAACUGUACUGAUUUGAAUUGUGAUGAUUUUCCCUUCUAAGAAGGCCGGGUCUGUUUCUCUUGGUACCCUUCAGAGUAGAAAACUGCGUAACCAUUAGGAGUGAACACAGGCCAUAGGAAUGAGUAGAGACUUUGCCUUAGAAGAUUUCCUGUUACACGGCUCUCCCUCAAAUACAAUUACAAAGGAGAGAGCACCUGUUGAGCAUCUGUGACCAAUGGUGCUGUUGCAAAAUACAUUUUAAUAGACAACACCAGGGUUUUUGUACAAAAUAGUAAUGAUAGCCAUGGAAGUUAUAUCUUAACCUGUGAGAAAUGUUCUUAAAUUUAUUUUUAAGUGUCUACGCAUUAGCGCUUUUGUAAUGAAAAGAUGAAUUGUCCCAGGAUCCUUACUAAGAGAAAGCAAAGGGUGUUUCAGCUGAUUCGCCACUGGAAUUGGAUGGGAACGUUUGGGUUCCUUGGUUUCACCGCCGCUUGGGUCCCACUGAACUUUGUGAAUUCCUGUGUUCGCAUCUUCUGUUCCUGGAAGGUGUCCUGCCCUGGCUCUGUGUCAUCCCCGUCGUCUGACUCCAAGUGCCCUUCAGAGGACCCUGUUCACUGCUGCACUUUUCAAUCAAUUAAAAUUCACUUCUGUUCUA